AUGGAGGAGAGCGGCGACGCCCUUGCCAAGAAGCGCCGACUCGCGAUAUCGCCACGGCCGGUGUGCUUCUCCUGUCGCCUGGUGGCCGCGCCGAUGGUCGGCGCGUCCGACCUCGCCUUUCGCCUCCUCUGCCGGCGGCACGGCGCGGACACUUGCUACACCGAGAUGCUCUUCUCCGAGCGGCUACUCUCGGACGAGGCCUAUCGGAGGCGGAAGCUGCAGACGUGCGUCGACGACAGACCGCUCAUCGUCCAGCUGCAGGGCAAUGACCCAGCGACAGUGGCUGCGGCCGCUGCGCUGGUCGAGAGGACCUGUCCGUGCGAUGCCAUCGACCUCAACCUCGGCUGCCCACUCCCUCAGGCGGAGGCGCAGGUCUUCGGCGCCUACAGUGAUCACAGAACUGAUGGCGUUCCACUCCUUUUAUUCAGCGUGUGA